AUGUCAACGUCAACAAUCUCAUCGAUAGACACGUUGCUAAAAUACCAAAACCUAAACCUAACUCUAGAGCCACAAAGUCCAACACCCAUAAAAAAAGACAUAGCGAAACCCAUUAAAGAAGAAUUCCCUCAGAGAAACCUGAGGAAGAGUGAAAAACCGUUACGGAAUCGCAUCUUUAGACCUGAAGAUCUGAAGUUGAAUACAAAAAUCAAAAUAUUUGAUCAAUGCGGUGUAAUCAGAUUCAUCGGCCCGACGUCGUUCGCGACGGGCAAAUGGGUUGGAAUCGAACUGGAUUCGCCAUUGGGGAAGAAUGACGGUAGUGUAAAUGGAAAGAGAUAUUUUGUUUGCAAGGAAAAUCAUGGAAUUUUUGCCAGGGCAUCAAAGAUUACAGAGAUUAUUGACGAUCGAGGAGAAACUGACGAGGAGACGAGAAAUCCUUUAAUAGCUGCCGCCCGUUCUCUAGCGGCACCAACGGUGAUACCUCCGCAUGCAUCCAGAAAUGCGUCAACGGUAUCCGCCAGGGUCCAACUGCUUCAAAACUCACUUUUUCCAACAACACCAAAGCAGACAUCAGGCUCGCGUACAAAUAGGUUCGCCCAAUUUUCGACCACUAUCAGUAGUUAUAAUAAAGAAGAAUCUACAAAUACGAAUGUUAAUGAUAAUAAUGCCAGCGACGGAGAAAAGGCACCUGAAAAACCAACAGGCGAUGAGGAUAGUGGAUCGGAAGUUGAUCCUAGGGAUAAGGAGAUAGCUUUACUCAAGGAUAAGCACCUCCGCUGUUUAGCAGAGCUAGAAAAUCAGCGAGAAAUUGCGCGUCGCGAAAUAGAAAACACAUCACUAUUCGCCAUUCAAAAAUUCGCCAAAGAUCUACUCUCCACGGUCGACAAUCUCGACCUGGCUCUCGAGUCCGUUCCACGUGAAUUACGUGAAUCUCAUUCAUCGGAGGAAUCUUCAUCGCUUCAUGGUCUAAUGACUCUGUAUAAAGGAAUUGAAUUAACGAGUUCCGAAUUGUUGCACACGUUAAAACGACACGGUGUGGAGAAGGUCGAGCCGAAAAUAGGAGAGAGAUUCGACCCGAAAGUUCAUGAAGCCCUUUAUCAGGCCAGUUUCAAAGAUAAGGAGGUUGGUACUAUAUUUGACAUACAGAAGAUCGGAUACAGCCUAAAUGGUAGGGUCAUUAGGUCUCCUCAGGUUGGUGUUGUUUCAGAUGCCGAGCAAUGA